UUUUUUUUUUGGCCUAUAUCGAAACUAAAAUUAUUCAAAAUUAGCUUUAUGCUUGCCUAAAAUAUUUGAGAAAUUACAGUUUACAACAACCUUUUAACUUCGAAUAAAGCACAAAUCUCAAUAUGGUAUACAAACUAUUUUUUUUGCUGAUGUUGCCGUUUUGUUGGAUUAGUUGUGUUCAAUCAUUCUAUAAUUGCCAUUCAGCACCUAUGGUUCCAAUUCCUGAUGAUGCACCUAGUUUGAGUGGCAUGUGGUAUUAUGUGGGGAGAGGAUCUUAUGAAGAUAACAUCACAUGCUUCAAUGUCUCAGUGUCGCUGGCGAGCACACAAGAUCAACUUGAUUUUGGACUUUCAGGUUUCUACAAGGGAGACAAGGACAAAACGUAUAAAAGUUUGCUAAUAGGCACGAAGCUAUUGAUGCGAAGGUAUUAGCAGUAGAGCCACAAAAUAUGGUAAUAUUAUGCGGAGGGUCUCUUAGCUCACCUAUGCCAAGCUACGUCAUAUUGUCACGAGUCCGUGAGAUUAGUGACUCAACAAAAGAUGAACUUUCGAAUGCCGCAAGACGAAUUGGAAUUCCUGAGGAUAUUCAAUGGAUUGAGCAAAGAGCAGAUUACUGCACUGGUAAAUCUCAACGCUUAAGAAUAACUUAUGGAGUCUAUGCAAUUACCGUUUUUAUCACUCUUUGGAGAUUUGUUUCAGACAGCACACAAAUUUAGAUCAACAAAAAAAAGGGAUCUUGAAAUUCAUGAAGUGAAGUCAAAAAAAAGUUGGCUGCGCCGAAACUUUAAUGAAUGCUUUAAUC